AAAAUCGCCAUUUUCCACCAUCGUAGUGGCGUGAAAACGUUUCUCUGAGAUUUAUCCGUGGAAUAAGGGCUUCUUCCCGUGGGGUACACUGUCGGGCAGUGGUGCAGCUAUCAUGGCUGGUGGCGGAACAACGACGAAAGUGGUGCAAAUCACCAAUAUCGCCCCACAAGCGACCAAAGAUCAGAUGCAAAAUCUGUUUGGGAGCAUCGGGAAAAUUGAUGAUUUGCGCCUCUAUCCUACGAUUAGAGAUGUCUCGUGUCCUGUGGUGUCGAGAAUCUGUUACGUGAAGUACCAGGAGAGCAGCAGUGUGGCCGUGGCGCAGCACAUGACGAAUACCGUCUUCAUUGACCGGGCUUUGAUUGUCAUUCCCGUGUACUCAGGCUUGAUUCCGGAUGAGUACAAGGCGCUGGAGAUGUCCACCAGUGGAACCCUUGUGCCUGGACUGCAGUCUGCUGGAUCCAAACUACCUCCGGAGCUGGUUAAUCGCAUCGACGGCGUACCGCCGAGUCAAGUCAUCAUGACAUCUGAUCCCAAGCUGGACCUCCACAAACUGCCGCCCUAUCCGCCGUUGCCGGUGAAUUUCGAUGCGAGGAAGAUCGAGGAAACUCGAAGGACCAUUAUGGUUAUUGAUGUGUGCUCCGACUGGACAAUUGAGGAUCUUAUGGAGUUCUUCAGCCGCGCUGGGGAAGUGAAGUACGGCCGAAUCGCCGAGGUGGAGUACACCCGACACGCCAUGAUCGAGUUUACGGAGCAAAAGUCCAUAAUUGAGGCGCUGAAGCUUCACGGAGUGGACUUCAAGGGCUCUCCGGUGAGUGUUUAUCACUCCACACAGCCCAUCACGAAGCCCGAGACAAAGAGCAAUGAAGCGGCUCAGAAGGAGAUCGAGGAGGCGAUGUGUAUCGUGAAGGAGGCGCAGAAUAUGAUCUCAGCCGCGAUUGAUCCGGUCAUUGGGAUGUUGUCUAAAGACAAGAGCGUCCCCAGUCGAUCUCGGCGCUCGAGAUCGCGAUCGCAUGAACGCCGACACUCCAGGAGUCGCUCCAGGAAGCGCUCGUCCUCCAGAAAGCGCUCGAAAUCACGUCGUCGCAGCCGUUCUCACUCCCGGCGAAGUCGCUCGCGCUCCCGAUCACGCUCCAAGCGCUCUAGACGCCGUUCCAGGAGCAAAUCGAAGAGCUCAUCUUCACGCUCGCGGAAGCGUGAGUCCUCCAGGCGCUCUCGCUCGCGUGAGCGACGUCGCAAGUCUCGGUCACGCCAUCGUAGCCGCAGUAGUUCGAGGUCACAUCGCCGCUCGUCGCGGGAGAGGAAGACCUCUUCGAGAUCUCACAGGCGAGAAGAGCGGAGGCGCAGUCGCUCCCGAUCGCGAUCCAAGAGAAAAGAAUCCAGCCGCUCGUCGAGACGUCAUCACACGCCGGAUUCCUCGAAGCGGUCCAAGGAUGAGAAGAUACAGCGGGAUUAUGACGAUGAGGAGAAGAUAGGCCAACCGGCCGACGAGGCGCCUCCGCCACCGCCGGAGCCCAAACAGCCGGCGCCGCCGCGCACGCCAUCGCCCGAGAAGUCGGACAACAUGGACAUUUCGCCGUAGGGCGGUUUUUCAGAUUUUCCUGUAGAUGCACAGAAAAUAAACCGGCAAUGAAAUAAAA